AUGCCCCAGCUUUCCCAAGAGAACCAAGAGUGCCUCCAGAAACAUUUCUCCAGGCCAUCUAUGUGGAAGCAAUUUCUGCCCCUGCCUCAGGCUGAGGGAUAUAAUGCAAACAUUCAGCAAGCCAUGGAAAAUGAAGGUGGGACCAAGGCUGGGCAUGAUCUCCCAGACUCGCCCGCCGGCCCUGCACAGCUCCCAGACUCGCCCGCUGCCCCGAAGCUGCUCAGCCUCCUUUCCAGCACGCUCCCCGACCUCGCGCGGGUCUUCUCGCACCUUCUCCGGCGACACCCUCCUGAGGCUCCCCAGCGGCGCCUGGACUUCUCCUUCCCGCUUCCAGCCCUGCCGGUGGCUGGGCUCUGGCGGAGGCACGAGGAGCGGCCGGGUCGCCUCUCGCUCCUGCUCGGGGCAGCUCUGGCACUGCCCGGCCGACCCCCAAGGGGACACCUGCCCAGGGAAGAGGACGCCAGCGCUGAGCAGAGCUCGCCCAUGCCCCCGAUGGGAUCGGAACGGACGGAGAUGCGGAAGCGGCAGAUGCCUGCAGCCCAGGGGACAGCGGGCCCCACCCCCGGCCAGCACGGCGUGGGGACCCGAGGGCCCAAUGCUUGCUGCUUCUGCUGGUGCUGCUGCUGCAGCUGUUCUUGUCUCACUGUUAGAAACCAAGAAGAACAGAGAUCCAGGAGAGCUUCCUAUGAACUCAGAAGAGAAGACCUUCCAACCUGUGAAGAAAGCCCAAGUCCCACUCUGGAGGAAGCCAGCGCCUGGGCACAGUCCUUCGACAAGCUCAUGCUCACUCCGGCGGGCAGGAAGGCUUUCCGCGAAUUCCUCCGAACAGAAUUCAGUGAAGAAAACAUGCUUUUCUGGAUGGCGUGUGAGGAACUGAAAAAAGAAGCUAACAAAAACAGUAUUGAAGAGAAAGCCAGGAUAAUCUAUGAAGACUACAUUUCUAUUCUUUCUCCUAAAGAGGUCAGCUUAGACUCCCGAGUAAGAGAAGGCAUCAACAGGAACAUGGUGGAGCCAUCCCAACACAUAUUCGAUGAGGCCCAGCUUCAGAUUUACACCUUAAUGCACAGAGACUCAUAUCCCCGAUUCAUGAACUCUGCUCUCUAUAAAGACUUGCUUCAGUCCUUAUCUGAGAAAUCAGUUGAAGCAUAGGAUAUCAAACAUAUUUAUUAUUAAUAAAAUAAUAAAAGACUCAUGGACUAUGUCUAGUACAGGGAAUUAAGAGGUAGUAGUAUCUUCUGCUAGAGUAAUACUGGGGCUACUUUAAUAACAGAUGCUGCCUUCUACAGAAGGCUAUAUAGUCACAAUGUAAAUUGCAGCCACCUUUAGUGAUCCUUUUGAAAAAAUAGGGUAUGGCUGUCUUAGAAAGGUAGUAUAUUUACAAUAACAGUUGCGUAUUCUCAAUGGCAAAGGAUACACUAGAAGACUCCAUACUGCCUGGGGCAUGACCAGCCACGGGACCAAACAGGACUGCUUUCGUUUCACAUGAGUUCAGUACCUGACUACUCUCCUCCCCCAAAAAAGACAUUCAAGUGUUUCUCAGCUAAUUCUUCCAUCAAGCUCAGUUUUGAAUAUUUCACUUACCAGUAACAUUACAGGACCCAGAUUUUCAUUAUAUAAAGAUGUGACCACUACUUGUAAAAAUGGUAUUCCACUUUAUCCUGGAAUAUAGGUAUGUAGAUACACAUGCACACAUAUGUAUCUACACAUGGCUGAUGUGAAGCACUGGGCCCUUAAGUGGCUCUGUCUCACAUGUUUAAGAGAAGUGGGGUUAGAAAAUUUUUUUGUUGAAAAGUUACCAUUAUUUUAUUAACAGAAUCUGCCAACGUAAAGAAUGAACUUUUACAUUCACAACUUAGUCAUGUUCAUAACAAAACUUUCAAAGAAGCAUAUUUCUAUUUUUAUUAUUGAAAGAAAUAUGGGCAUUUUCACUCUAAAAAAAUAAAGCACAAGAGUUUUAUCUCAGUCUUUUUUUUCACAUGUAAAUAUUUGGGAAAUAUAAGAUGAAGUAAGGAGGGAUACACGCAUGGUAUCUUUUAGUUCCCAAACUAGGAUUUUGUUUUUAAA